AUGGCCAAGUCCAAGAGCAAGGCCCCCGCGGCCCCCAAGAAGACAAAGGCCACUGUCGCAGCUCCUCCCGCGCAGCUGCUCGACCUCGUCGAGAACUUUCUCCAAGCCCACCAGCUCACCACCACACACGCCGCGCUGCAGCAGGAGCGCAAGGAGAACGGCUGGGCCGCGGCUGGGGGACAGAAGGGGAAAGGGCAGCAGCAGACUCUCGUGGAAAUCUUUGCCAAAUAUAGCAGCAGCGAUAGCGACAGCGACAGCAGUAGCAGCAGCAGUAGCAGCAGCAGCAGCAGCAGCAGCAGCAGCAGCAGCAGUGACGACGAGAGCGAUGUGGAGAUGAAGGAUGCUGAAACACCCGCCAAGGGGGCGGCUGCUGCUGCUGCUGCUGCCGACUCGGACAGCUCCGACAGCAGCGACAGCGAUAGCAGUGAUAGCAGUGAUAGCGAGGACGAGGCUCCUGCCAAGGCUGGGCUGGGAUCUGCUGGGUCCGCUGUUCCUGUGCCCGCCGCCGCGGCCAACCCGCUGAAGCGCAAGGCUGCUUCCGAGAGCGGAUCUUCCGACUCGGACUCGAGCUCUAGCUCUGAUUCGGAGGACGAUGAUUCGAGCGACGAGUCUAGCAGUUCGGAGGACGAGAAGCCGCAGGCCAAGAAGCAGAAGAAGAAGGUGGUGGAGCCCGAGUCCUCGGACGAUGAGUCCUCUGAUGAGAGUUCGUCGUCGGACGAGAGCGAGAAGGAGGAGGAGAAGAAGAAGAAGAAGAAGAACCCGGCCGCGAAGAAGACGAAGGUUGCCGCCAAGGCUAAGAAGGAGAGUUCCGACGAAGACAGCUCCGAUUCCGACAGCUCCAGCGACGCUAGCAGCGAGAGUGAGAGCGACGAUGACGACGAGACCCUCGAAAAGGCUGCCAAGACCAAACUCCCCGACUCGGGCACCUCAGACUCCUCCUCCGAAUCCAGCUCCGACUCAGACUCGGACGCGCCCGCUAAGAAGGAAGCCUUCCCUUCCGUCAAGAACGGCUCCGACUCCUCCGUGACCAUGGGCAAGACCUCUCCCGACAUCUACCCGCCCCUGCCUCCCGACCCAACCACCUUCAAGAAGAACAACCGCGGCGGCAGCGGUAGCGGCCCCCCACCACCCAGAACCCAGAACGAGCCCUUCUCCCGCAUCCGCAAGGACAUUGUGGUCGACGACAAGUUCAGGUCGAACCGGUUCGAGGACAAUGGCCACGGCUGGGGCCAGAAGGCACACGAGGACCUGAUUGUUACCAAGGGCAAGGGAUUCACCAAGGAAAAGAACAAGAAGAAGCGUGGGGCUUAUCGCGGGGGGCCUAUCGAUAUGUAUGCACGCAAUGGCAUCAAGUUUGAGGACUAG